CCAAAUCCCCUCCCCACCUCUCCCCCCACACCCCUGUGGCCGGGCAGGUGUUGUGUUGGUGCUUCAUACGUGCACGUGAGCCUGGCAGGGCAGGUGCUGGUGUUACACAACGUGUAUGUGAACCUGGCCGGGCAGGUGUUCAACGAGACGCACCUCUUCGACCACAACGCCUGCGCCGUCACGCUCGCCGCCGCCAACUUCCGGUACGCGUCGGGGCGCACGCGCGUGCGGCGCUUCAAGGAGCUCGUGUCGCUCGUCGACUGGUUCGCCUGGUCCGCCCGCGCCUACCUGCUCGAACUCAUCCCGCUCUUCGUCUCGCUGCGCAAGGUGAUGCCAGCGAUGAGGGGCGUGGCGGUGGCGGUGGGGCACCGGUUGACGCACAGGCGGAAUCAGAUGCAGCAGAUGGUGGCGCUGGGCGCGGAGGACAUCCUGGGCGUGCAGCUGAGCCGCAUGAACGUGCACGUGCUGCAGGGCGCCGACCUCUUCUUCGCCGAGAAGCUCAUCCUCGUGCGUUUCAAGGAGGGGGGAAGGGGAUGGGUGUGCCCUGGGGGGGUGGGGGUGCGUUUUGGGGGGCUGGGGUGCCAUUGGGUUGAGUGGGGGGGAAUGGGAUUGGGGGGACGAUGGUUCAUGUGCACGUCUCCACCCUUCACUGCUUAUUCUCCUGUCAUUCCUUGGUCCACCUCUCUCUCCCUCUCUUCCCAGCCCUCUGCCGCCAUGCGCCCAACUCUACUCCAAACCUCCCUCCCAUCCCUCAUUCGCAUCACCCCUGCAAGCAACGCUGCCACUAAUCGUCCGAUGCGCCACUCCACUACCACCCAUGCCCACCACUGCAUGCCCACCACUGCAUGCCCACCACUGCAUUCCCACCACUGCAUGGUCACCACUGCAUGGUCACCACUGCAUUCCCACCACUGCAUGGUCACCACUGCAUUCCCACCACUGCAUGGUCACCACUGCAUGGUCACCACUGCAUGGUCACCACUGCAUUCCCACCACUGCAUGGUCACCACUGCAUUCCCACCACUGCAUGGUCACCACUGCAUUCCCACCACUGCAUGGUCAUCACUGCAUUCCCACCACUGCAUGGUCACCACUGCAUUCCCACCACUGCAUGGUCACCACUGCAUUCCCACCACUGCAUGGUCACCACUGCAUUCCCACCACUGCAUGGUCACCACUGCAUUCCCACCACUGCAUGGUCACCACUGCAUUCCCACCACUGCAUGGUCACCACUGCAUUUCCACCACUGCAUGGUCACCACUGCAUUCCCACCACUGCAUGGUCACCACUGCAUUCCCACCACUGCAUGGUCACCACUGCAUUCCCACCACUGCAUGGUCACCACUGCAUUCCCACCACUGCAUGGUCACCACUGCAUUCCCACCACUGCAUGGUCACCACUGCAUUCCCACCACUGCAUGGUCACCACUGCAUUCCCACCACUGCAUGGUCACCACUGCAUUCCCACCACUGCAUGGUCAUCACUGCAUUCCCACCACUGCAUGGUCACCACUGCAUUCCCACCACUGCAUUCCCACCACUGCAUUCCCACCACUGCAUUCCCACCACUGCAUUCCCACCACUGCAUUCCCACCACUGCAUUCCCACCACUGCAUGCGCCCCUACCCCCUCCUCUGGUGAGCCCCUCCUCUGGUGAGCCCCCUCUCUGGCCCCCACACCCCUCCUUGCUUCAAUUGCACAUGCCACUUUCCUCCCCCAUCCCUCCACCAGACUACCGCCCCACAGCAGUGGCGGAGAACCCUCCCCCCAAGGACUCGUUCAUGCCGCGCAACGACUGGGUGGUGCUGCUGGGGUGGAAGAACUCGCGCGAGGAGCUGCUCAAGUCGCUGCGCCUCAAGGAGCAGCUGGAGGAGCUCUUCCCCGCCGACCGCGUGCUGGUGUACCGCGAGGGCGCGCACAGCAUCCCGCGCCGCAAGGACCUGCUCAACCGCGCGCACCUGCUGGUGGCGCCGCACGACAACCUGCUGGCGGACCUCGUCUUCAUGCCGCCCGGCGCCGCCGUGGUGGAGAUCCGCCCCGUGGACGACCCCGACCCCGUGUUCCACCUGCUGGCCGACGUGUGCGACAUGGAGUACUACCUGGCGUUCAGUGAGCCCGUGGACAGCAAGGGCAAGGGCAAGGCGGGCAAGGGCGGGGAGGUGGCGCUGCGGGCCAAGGACCCCAAGGCCGUUGAGCGGCUGCUCAAGGAGAUUUCCAGGAAGGUUCUGGCCAAGGUGGAGCAGCUGAAGCACGUGUAG